UGCAUAAGGUAAGUGUGGAAAUAUAUUGUGGAUUACACUGUACUGUUUGCUUUAACUGUAUCUUUAAAUCUGAGUUGUGAUAAUGGCUUCGAUUGAUGAGUUUUUUCAAGCUCCUUCUGAUCACCUUCUCACCCAAUACACAAAAGAACAGCUUUUAAAAAUAGCUGAUAAUUAUGGGGUUGAGAUUGGUGAUAAAAGGUUAAAAGAAAAUAUUAGAACCAUUUUGAAGACAAACUUGGUGGAGUCUGGAAUCCUUAAAAGGGAGGAAUUUCAGGCCCAAGGAACCAAUGCAACAUUGAAUUUUGAACAACAGAAAGAAUUGUUAAAAAUGCAAUUGGAAUAUGAAAAACUUAAACAGGAAAGAGAACUUGAAGUACAGUUAGAACUUGAAAAAAUGAAAUUUAAAACUGAACAGACCAAAUUAGAGUUGGAACAUUAUAAGCUGAAUCUGAUUAAAGACGGUAAGCUUAAUGAGUGUUCAGGAAGGGACAGUGUAGGGUUUAGUGAAACGUCUUCUAGAUCUGAUUUAAGCACAAAGUUAAAGAUGGUGCCAAAAUUUAAUGAGAGAGAUCCUGACACAUUUUUUUCGUUGUUUGAGCGGGUUGCGGAAACUUGUGAGUGGUUAGACACAGAACGCACUCUGUUGUUGCAAUGUGUGUUCACUGGAAAAGCACAGGAAGCAUAUUCUGCAUUAAGUUCAACAGAUAGUAAAAUAUAUGUUAAAGUGAAAGCUGCUGUAUUGAAAGCCUAUGAGUUGGUACCUGAAGCCUAUCGACAACAUUUCAGGGGUGUGAGAAAGCGAGAGCAACAGACUCAUGUGGAGUUUGUGAGGGAGAUGGUUCUCCAGUUUAAUCGCUGGUGUUCGGCAUCAGAAGUUGUCACUUUUCAACAGCUUUGUGAUUUGGUAACACUUGAACAAUUUAAAAACUGUGUACCAGACAGUGUUGCUACUUAUUUAAAUGAAAGAAAAGUUAAAACACCCCAUGAAGCAGCGGUGCUGGCCGAUGAGUACAUCCUCACUCAUAAAAGUACAUUUGUUGACGACAAAGUUGUUGUGCAGAAUAGUGGUUCGGUACGCACAAGCAAAUCUUUUCUGUUACAUGGGGAGUCUGGUUCCUCUAGGUUCGAUCGUGGCUGGAAGAAAGGUGAUCCCAGUAAGAAUUGUAAUUAUUGUCAGCGUAAGGGGCACUGGAAAAAUGAUUGUCCUGUACUUAAAAGAAAAUCUAAGUUCUUAGGUAAUGCACAGGUAAAGCCAGCUGCUUUAGCUGCUUCAGCCCAGAAAAAAAUCCAAAUACAUAGUUCCAAUGACCUCUGUCCUGUGGCAGAGUCAAAUGAGGAUGAUGACUUUUCAGCCUUUAUUUCGGAUGGUUAUGUCUCCCUGUGUGGAGAGAAGGUGCCUAUUAAAAUCUUGAGAGACACUGGGGCAAAACAUAGUUUUAUCUGUGAGUCUGUCCUUCCUUUCUCCUCAUAUUCAGAUACUAGGAAUUUCAUAUUGAUGAGGGGAAUGGGCAUGACUAUGGUUCCAGUGCCAGUACAUAAAAUGGAAUUGGUUUCUGGUUUUGUUACUGGAGAGGUGGAAAUAGGUGUCCGUCCAGCCUUGCCUGUUGAAGGGAUCGACAUGAUUCUUGGCAAUGAUCUGGCAGGAAGUAGAGUUUGGGCUGAUGAUCCACCUUAUGUUGUCACUCAGGUUCCUGAAUUGCCACGAUCACAAACAGAGGUGGUGGAAACAAAUGAGGUUUUGUCUGAAGUGGAAUGGUUUCCAGUAUGUGCAGUAACUCGAGCAAUGGGGCGGAGAAAAGAUGAGGCUGCAGAGCAGGACGUAGCUGAGUCUAAAGUAAUGGUUGUCCCUGUGCCUCUUGAUUCCAUCUCUCAUGGAGAGUUGAUUGAGGAACAAAAGUCUGAUCCUUCAAUAAAAGCACUUUUUGAGUUGGUGUCUCCUAUGGAGGAGAUGGAAACUGCAGCUCAGGGAUAUUUUGUGAAAGAUAAUGUCCUGGUUCGUAAAUGGUGUCCCCAAACUGACAAUUUUGUGGGAAAAUCAGUGGUGCAAAUUGUGGUGCCUGCCAAAUUUAGAGAGAUGGUGAUGAAAGCCUCCCAUGAUGGUGUAGCAGGACACAUGGGGGUUCAAAAAACAUAUCACCGGAUCUUGUGUCAUUUUUUUUGGCCACGAUUGAAAAAGGAUGUAUCGGCAUACAUAAAGACGUGCCACACUUGUCAGUUGACGGGUAAACCUAAUCAGACUAUAAGUCCAGCACCAUUGUACCCUGUACCAAAUGGAAAAUCAAAGUUGUGCCAUGUAAAUUUGUUAAAGCCAUAUUGUGCUCGUAUGUCGCCAUCUCCUAGUCUCAAGGAGGCCCCUUGUUUUUCCAGGUAG